CUCAUUUAAAAUUCGACGCCAUUCUGUAAGCAUUCUCGGAAAACUAGUAAAAAUUGGGAAAAAAUUCGCUUAAUCUUUUUAAUAUCUCAAAAGGUUCCAGGAAAAUGGAAGCUCCUGAAUUUUCUUCUUCUCUAAAAUCAAUCAGAUGACAACGCAAGGGCUAUUCUGCGCAAUGAGCAUUUUGAUUCUGAUUCUGGCUAUUUUCAUACCACUUGCAGAGCAAACCCGAUUAGCCAAUUCUCCUACGAUGAAUGAAAAAACUCCUCGAAAUAACACGACCGAUAUCAAAAGCAUAUCACUCGUGAUGAUGUACGCGGGCCGGAACAGUACCUGGAAAGAUGGCAUCUCGAACCUGAUCUCGGCAGAGCUUGCGGCGUCGGAUUUCCGUAGUCGAGGCGAUUCCGAGGGAAAUCUGAAAGUGAACAUCAUCCCUUUCGACGGAAAUUGCAGCUCAUAUCUCAUGCCAGAUAAGUUUGAGGAGUUGAGUGGUCUUCUGAAGCGGCCAGAGGUAAAGGGGGUGAUUGGACCAGAAUGUUCACACCACUCCAACGGGGUAGUGUCCUUCUUCGCUCACCCCUUCUUCCUACAGAGUGGAUACCAGAAGCCAUUCCUCACACCCUCAGCAACAUCGAGGGACUCGUUCUACUUGGGUCCGGGGGAGUCGCAGCUGUUUGCCCAGUUGGUGCCCCGAGUACAGCAGACACAGGCACUGAGUGUGAAGAUAGCCCACAAGUUUAACUGGAGGAGGUUCGGAGUACUCCACUCUAUGCAGACACUGCCAUGGGUGAAGACACUCGAAGAGGUGAUGGAGGGUGGACUAGUCGCCAGUGUGAUCCAGCAGGACGGUCUCUCUCCCAAGGCAAUCCGACGCCAACUGCAGGUGUUCCUGGACCACGACAUCCACGUCUUCUUCCUCCUCCUUACUUCGGACUGGGAGGUUCUCUGUCUGGCAGCUGAAAUGGGACUGAUGGGAGGCUCGAAUGUCUGGUUCGUGGAUGCAUGGCUCUGGCACAUCAUCAAGGCACAAGUCAACCAGUCGUGCACUCCUGAACAAAUACAGCUGGUAUAUGACUCCAACCCUCUGAUUGACGUGCAGGAGUGGAGCAAGAGUGAAAAUUCAGGAGGUAACACCAGAUCCGGUUUUUCUUCCUCUCAAAUAAUUGGCAGAAUUGGGACCCGACUGGCCCAAAUGGAUAUCAAGCUCCCUGCCAGUCGCAACCCCUCCUGGGAUCUGCUGGCUUAUGACUGUGUAUGGUUAAUGUCUCUGGCGGUAGAGGCCGUGCAGUCUCGUUGUGGUAUCACUACCACUACAUCAGAUUCCACUGCAACUGCCUCCCCCCUCGAUGAAUGCAAGGGGGAGUGGGCUGACCUAGUGUUUGGCCAGAUGCACCGGAUUGAGUUCGAGGGAGUUUCGGGGAGGGUGGGGCUGGAGGACUACCAGACCAAGUACCCCCAGGUGAGGGCGUUCUAUUUCCAGAACUGGACAGAUGCGAGACAGCUGCUGACUGCCAGAGAGGAUGAAGUCAUUCUCAAGGAGGAUUUUGACUGGAGAGACUGGAAAAACUCCACACAGAUACUCGACCAUACAGUGCGCGUGGAAGUCGUGCGUCGGAAUGAGACUGAGCAGAUUGGACUGGUCAUGGCCCUGUGUGGCAACUCUGCCUGUCUCAUCAUGACCGUGCUGUGUGUGGCCCUAUUAGUAUUCAACUUCCACUUCAGAAACCAGAAGCUCAUCAAGAUGACGUCACCCACAAUUAAUAACUUAAUCCUGCUGGGAUCGAUUUUGAUCUACACGUCGACUGUGUUGUCAUCUGCCAGUGCAUUCACGACUGACCGAAACAUUCUUUCGGUUUGUUGUCGGGUAGAGCUGUGUCUCGUCUCUCUCGGUUUCACUCUCGGCUACGGAUCCCUCUUCAGCAAAACUUGGAGGAUAUACAAGAUAUUCACAGACCGGGGAACGAAGAGUGGGGGCAAUGUGAGAGUGCGUGACCAGCAGCUGUUGAUGUUUGUGCUGGGGUUCACCUGCUGUGAAGUUCUGUUUCUUCUGCUGUGGAUGUUCGUGUCACCAUUGGGGCUGCAGGAAAACAUGGGUUCCAUUGAGAGAGUGAUAGAGAAGGCGAAUGUUGAUGGCGAUGAAGGGGCCGGGAGGGUGUUGGAGAUCCAGUGGAUCUCAGUGCAGUGUGUAUCUCAAAUGACAGUGUUUCCCUAUCUUUUCAUCACCAUCAAGGCAUUCGUCCUACUAUAUGGGGCAUUCCUCGCAUAUGAGACGAGACACGUGCACAUUGAGGAGUUGAACGACAGCAGGAGUAUCGGGAUCUCCAUCUACAACACCAUCAUCCUCUCUGGCUUCGGACUGCUCGCCUCAUUCGCCGUCAAGUCCGACUCAUCCAUGCACUACCUACUACUCACAGCCAUCAAAGUAUUCUGCGUGGCCAUCACCAUCUGCGUCAUAUUUCUACCCAAAAUAGCCCAACUGUAUAAAGAUCCAGAAGGCAAGAACCUCAAUGUCACCCGACGAUUGACAGCUGGACCCAACACUCUAAAUGGCCACACUAUGGGCAAAAAUGAGUCCAAACAUCACAAAUUAUCCCACAUGCCCAGCGAAAUUAUUGGAUCUAAUCCAGCAGAGCGGAAAAGCAAUUCAAAGUCAGACAAUCACCCGAAGGCAGCCAAAGUGCAGAUUGGAUGUGAAAUCGAAGAUGAAAUAGUUCCAAUUGUUGAGACAGCGGCAACAGUAGUAGCUCCGCCUAGCUCUUCAACAUCAGCUUGAAAAUUCAAAACUAAAGACAACUUUACCCAGAAGCUUAAUUAAUUUUAAGACCAGAGUUUGUUUGUAUAUUUUCUGAACCCUCCUUUAUCUAGAUUAAAUCGUUUGAAAAAAAGUAAUUUGCCCUGAAAUUUUAUUGUAAUUAAUUUA